CAUUCCUAAACUCUAUUUCCUCCCCAGAGCUGUCAUAUAAAAAUUAUAUCGUCUAACUAUUUUUUGUUGUGCUUCUGGAAUGAUGAAAAAUAUAGCGUGAUAAAGUAGAACCUAGUUCCAGGGGGAGGGCUGACAGCGCAGGAAGAUACGGGCACCAUGACAAUUUCACGCUAGUCCAAGGCCUGCCGGAGGUGUCACGCACAAGUUCCACCGCAGUCACGUACCGAACCAGUGAUUUUCGGAUCGGAAAAACAAACGGCCAAAAUUGAUGAGUGGAAUCGAUCACCGGUUGCCGAAUCGCAUCCUAGGCGGCGCAAUCGAAGGCCAUAGGAGGUGAAACCUUACAAAAUUCGUAGCAACGAGCGGACUGGCCUACUGCCACCUCGUAGGAGAACUCUCCGUAACCUAGAGGCUGGCAAGAGCCAGUUGUCAGUUGUUGCAUAUUUUUCGUUCAUUCGUUUCGUUUCGUUCGCUUGCUUUGUUGUCGUUGUUGUUGUUGUUGUUAUUGCUGGUGCAAACUGCAAUUGCACUCGGUCGACGCGCCGCGUAUAGUUCGGGGUUGUGCGGAGCAGCAGCAGCCAACACUAAAACAGUUGUGGUGAAGUUUUCGAAACGCCGAGAAGUGAAAAAGCAGAGUGCGCGCGAGGUUUUUUUUUCUGUUCACCGUCGCUGCUAGAUCGUAGAGUGCCUUGAUUUUCGCGGUUUGUUUUUGUUUACAUUGGAAAACUGAUCGUUCGUGACAGAUUCGUGAAAGAAAAAACGCGGGUCGUGACACGCGCAUUCGAUCUCGUCGUCGUUGGGUGAGCUACAAGUGGUGAAUAUCUGCCCACACACCACCUCCUUCGGGUUCGGUACUUCGUUUCGCCUCGCCUACCCCCACCCCCCUUUCGAUCGGAACGACGAACACCAACACAAACAAAGCACUUGACAGCCCAUCAGCAGUGUGCAGGCAGCAGCAGUGCGUUUGUGUGCAUGUGUUGGUAAUAGUGUACGUGCGUGUGUUCAACCGUAACUAGACCGAAUGGUUUGUGAUGAUGAUCCCCGAUCAAAGUGCGUGUUUUCCGUGGUGAAUUUCCUAAAUUUGAAAAGCAGUGGCGAAUUUCCCACAAUCAAUGUGCAUUUGGACGAACACGUUUGUGAUCCCAGGCAGGCAUUCCAGUAGAUUAAGUUUCCCAUGAACUACGAUGCGAACGUUGCAACCUGAUCGAAAAGAUUUGUGUGCGUGAAAAGCCCAACUUGCUAUGUUGACCAAAACAGCGUUCACCGAAAUAGUGUUUCGCUUCGAUAAGCGUAGUGAGUAGCCUCUGUGAAAAAUAGUGUUGUGUGAAAGUGUCAUCCCUGAAGCCCCGAAGAAGCAUUGUCCGUUGUGGCGGCAAAAGUGUACUGUCAGCCCCCGUUGCAUCCUUCCGGUAAUAGUGGCGAGGUCCUCACUUCCAUUUCACGUCUCAUUUAACCUCCCUCCCCCCCUGAAAAGUGUGACAGCGAAAAAAAAAAAAUGAAUAUACAUAGUGGCGUAAAAAUAUGAAAACCGAAAAAAGAAGAAGAAGAAGAAGAAGCAGUGCUCCAAUAUAUUCGUGGACCUGAACCCCGUUUUCGGUGGUGUUGGUGUCGGUGAGCCGUGCUGUCCCACUGCGGUGGCGGUUGAAGAAGGUGCAAGAAUGAACACGGCUCCGGCUGGUCGUUCCUGAGACGUCGUGGUGCCAAAACAUCCGAGAGAAUCAACGGCAGCAACAACAACAACAACAACAACAACACCGUCAGACGGCGACUACGACGGGUCCAGACUUUUCCACAUUUCCACAAAUGCAGCAGCGAAAAGUUUGCGACGAAUCACUUGUUGCAUUCCGAAACGAAAACAACAACAACAACAAUAACAAAACCAACAACAGCAGCAACAACAACAACGAAAACAGAAGAGGAAACUUUCAACCAGUUACCGGGACACCGCGCCGCCGGGUGGGUGGGUGUUGGCAUGUGUGUGUGUGUGUGUGAGUGAUACAGCAUAGUGAAGCAACAAGUUUGCCCCUAUUAUAGUGCUUCUGAGCGCAGCAACUGGUCCGUAGUAAGCGGUGCGGAAUUUCGACGACUGACUUGGCGACGAGGACGACGAAUUGUGACGGCAUUUUCGGAAGAUUUUUGCCCAAGAUGGCGGACUGCUCCUACGCCCGGUGCGUCCAGGAACGGCGCUACAUCCGGCGGGAGCUGGCCAAGUGGACGAAAAAUAUGGUGCACAUAGUUGGACUGGAGCGCGUUGCUGAAGAAUUGAUGGGACGCAGGAAAUGGAAACAUUAUCAGGACGUCCUCACGCGCCAACAGUUGAACCUGCUGGACCCGAGCACGAACGCAGCCGUGGACGACGACGCAGCAGAUCUGCUCCACAGUGCGGCAGCGGCCGUGGCCAGCAGUGUUGCCAGCAACGCGGUCCCCUCACUGGUGGCGGCGGCGGUCGUCGGCGGAAACCUUCUCGACCAGAAAGGCGCCGCCACGAUUGUACGCAACGGUCACUACCAGCAAGACGGCGAACUAGCUUUAGUAGAAUCCAAACUAGCAACCCCCAACAAUCAACAAGUAGUAACGGCAGAAAAACAAGCAGCAGAACAACAUCCGGACGUUGCUGCUGCUGCCGCCGGUAAGCAUCAGAAUCAUUUCAAUGAGAACGAUACAAGACCGACGACGACGACGACGACGGCGACGGCAACUCCCACCAGCUCUCCACCUCCUCCUCCUCAUCCAGCGACGGUGGCGGCGGCGACGACGACGGCAACGCCAGUAACAACACUUCUCAAUAACCACCACCACCAGCAACAGCAUCAGCAUAGUCACCUCCACCAUCAGCUGGUGACGGGUGACGCAAAAGCGGUGGUAGUAGACCGGACGACGGACUCGGCUGCUGCUGCCGAGCUGGAUCUGGACCGAGAGCAACAACAGCGGCAAGAAGAGGAAGAACCCGGCCGGAUAGGCAAUUCCGUCUCCUCACCGGCCCUGUCGUCGUCGUCCUCCACGGCGACAACGACGGCCACCACGGCACUGCUGUCGCCGGCCGGAAUCGAACAGCAGCAGCAACAGCAGGACGAAAGGACGAAGGAGCUGCUGGUCGGCAAGUUGGCCAUCAAGCAGGAACCAACAGAAAAUCAAAACAAUUCAUCAGCAACACCGGAGCAGAGUAACCUAAUUAAGCAGGAAAAUUGUAACAAUUUGCUAAACAGCAAAAUCAUCAUCAACAACAACAACAGCGCAACCAACAACAACAACAACAAUAAUAAUAUUUCAAGCGGCGACGCCGACGGUAGUGCUGCUCCCACCCCGGAUGGGGAAAAUAGCAACAAGCGGCAUCACCUCCACCACCAUCAGCCCCACCAGCACCAGCAUCACCACCAUCAAAGCCAUCCUUCGCAGCCUCCGACGCCGGUGGACUGGAAACCGCAGGACAAGUGCUACUUCUGCGUCGAUGGUAAACUGCUGACGGUGAACGAGGCAGGCGAACUGGUACCCGAGGCCGGCCACACCGUGCUUCCCGGCAGCGGUGCAUCCCAACGGGUCGUUCCCAAGACGGAGGUCCUCAACGACAGCGAUUGCGACUCGAGCGACAGCAGCGAAACGGACUUGCGGGCCGCGAUCGCCGCCGGACGGGGAGUACCGAGUUCCAAGUCCCUAUCGGCGCUGCUGAGAAGUGCCGGAGCGGCCUCGGCGCCCGGUGGCAUCCCACCGACGAUGACCUCGCUGCAAACGAUGGCAACGCAGUUUGCCGCGAUGGCCUCGCUCCAGGGCAUCCAACCGGGGCUGGCGCAGUUCUACAAUCCCCUCUGGUACAGUCAACUGCAGCAGCAAAUGUCCCCAUCGGGGGCAGGCGGUUCGACGUCGACGACGGAUCCGGCCGCGGCCGGUGUCAGUCCGACGGAGAAGGCGGGCCCGGAUGGAGCGGCGGUCGUGCUCGGACCGGGUGGCGAACAGCCACUGGAUCUGAGCGCCAAACCGGGCACUUCCGGCCUCAAUGCCGGCCAGCUGGCGAUGAUGAGCAUGAUGGAUCCGAAGAACAUCUACAAGGCCAAGCCGCGCCUCUCGCCGAUCGGCGGCCGGCGGACCUACACCGAGGACGAACUGCAGAGCGCACUGCAGGACAUCCUGAAUGGGAAGUUGGGCACCCGGCGGGCCGCGGUCCAGUACGGCAUCCCACGGUCGACCCUCCGCAACAAGGUCUACAAGCUGGCGAUGGAACACAAGCGCGAAAUGCUGCACAACAUGCCCCUGUCGGCGCUGGACGACGACGACGACGACGACAAGGACUCGCUCGAAGACGACGUCGGCAGCAGCAGCAAGCAGGACGCCUACCAAAUGAAGUUCAAACAACAGCAGGCCAUCGCCGAAGCGUAUCUCCACCUGUACGGUGGCAGCAGUAGCACUGCGAAACACGAGCCUACCUCCGCUCCGUCGACGCCACCCCAGCAGCAGCCAACGCCGGAACCACCGAUGUUGAAACCCAUUCAGCAGCCGCAAACCCCUCAGCAAGCAUCCGCACUGCAGACGGCAACGCCACAGUCAUCUCCACUGGCAGCCGCUGCCAACAGUUUGAUCGACACGAACAUCUUGUAUCAGCUGCAAAGCCUUCUGCUGGCGGGCUCCCUUCCGCGGCUAACGAACACAGCCGCACAAACCGGUAAUCCGGAUGAAGCGUCAGCUGCCCAAGCAGCUCUCGCAACGCUUCCCGAACUGCUAAAGAAGCUAAUCCAGCAACAGGAAUUGAUCGCCGAGCAGAUCAAAAAGGCCGCCAGCAGCAACGAACCGCAGCGACCCAAUGCGAGCACUCCGACCCUGAACAACGGUCAGCCGAUCGAUCCACGGCUAUUCCCGUACCUCCAACAGCAUCAGCAAAGCAAGUCGCGAACGGCGUCCGGUACACCGGAGACAACCACCUCCUCCAUGGACCUGAACGAUGGCGGAAGUGACGAUUCGCAGGUAAUACUGAAAAUUCCGUCCUACAAGCCAGUCCCCGGGCAGGCACCGCUACCGACCACUGCCGCACUGCUAGCAGCCAGUAAAAACGGUGACCAUCACAACCUCUCCACUCCCUCGCCGCCGAUCAACAGCGCACCCUCGGUACGCGAUCUCAGCAGCUUGGUCGGCGGACCUGGUCCCAGCACCAACAGCUCCACCCCAAGACCAGUACACACAGCUAGUCCCCAGCAACCGACCUCUGCCCAACCACCAAACCACAUGUCCGUGAUAGCGCCACCUAUGGGCGGCAUCCGGCCCCGAAGUAAUUCCCAAUCGCCACCCAGCCUACUCGGCGGAAAGCUAUCCAUCAGUGACGUAAUAGCCCGGAGUAUCAGCAAAAACUUCCAACAACAUCACCAGUCCGAUCUGCUCAAACAGCAGAUGGAAUCGAUGGAGCAGCAGUACAACAAACGGCCAACCAUUUCGGUCAUCAAGAAUCUGGGCGGUACGGACAUUUCCCGCUUCGGCACCAAUCCCAACAUCAGCCAGUUGACUGCCCAGCAGCUGGCCAACACCGGCACCGGUGGCAAAGGAACGAGACCAAAGCGCGGCAAGUAUAGGAACUACGACCGGGACAGCCUGGUGGAAGCAGUCAAGGCGGUGCAGCGAGGCGAAAUGUCGGUGCAUCGGGCGGGCAGCUAUUACGGCGUUCCACAUUCCACUCUGGAGUACAAGGUUAAGGAACGGCAUUUGAUGAGGCCACGGAAGCGAGAACCAAAACCACAACCCGGCUUGGAUGGGUUGAAGACCGAAUUGGGCGGCACCAGUAGCAUGAGGAGCAUGGAUAAAAGCAAGAACAUGGGAAUGGGGUCAAGUGCAAAGACGCAGCAGAUGAAGAACCAGUAUCCGGGAGCGUCCCCGAACGGUGGAUUGAAGAUGCCGAUGUUCGAUCCGGCGAUGACUCCGCAGCUACCUUAUGCAUCACCAUUCCUGUGGCCACAUCCAGCGGCUGGAUUCUCCGGGCUACCGAUGGAUUUCGGUCGGCAACCGGGUGCGGUGGGAGGAGCCGGUGGAUCUAGUGGCGGUUCGGGUGAAAACAUUUUCGCAUCGCCGAUCAUGCAGAGGUUUCAGCAGGAACAGCAGCAGCAGGCAAGCAAAUUGUCCGGUGCGGUGAGUAAUAAUAGUGGCGGCAGCGGAGGAGGACCGAAAACGGCUCGCGAGCUUGCCGAAAGUAUAUACGACGGCACGAGUACGAACGGGUCGUUGUUGGAUGAUAUCAUUCGGCACAGUUUGGACAAGAAACCGGGUGAGAUGCAUCACGGGGCGCUGUUCGAUCAGUUGAUGAAGAACAACAGCCUCCGGUCGUCGUCGGGACAGUCCUCGGGGUCGGAAGAUCCCUCAGCAGCCCUUCUUGCCAAGGUCGGCGCCAAGCGCAGUGCCACCAGUCCGCUCAACUUCCUACCGGAGAUCAUCAAACGGGAACGGGCCAGUCCCAGUGCGUCGUCCACCUCGUCGACCGGUAGCAAACUCGGUUCCGUCAGCUUCAACGACCAUCACCUCCAGCAGCAUCAGCAGCAGCAGCAGCAGCACCAUCAGCAACAACAGCGACAUCUCAAUACCUCCAGCGAUUUCGAGAGCCAUCGAGCGGAACUGCUAGCCAAGGGUAACCUGGCAGUCGAGAACCUCAUCAAGCUACGUGAGGACCUCACAUCGAUGUCCGCGGCGCAUUCCCAAAUCCGGACGUCGAUGGAAGAUCAACACAACGGCGGUAAGGACGAACUAUCACCAUCCGUUAGCGAGCAGCAGCAGCACCAUCACCACCUUCUCUCGCAACGGCUCGUUACCAAGCUGCCAACCGAUGACGGCAGCUCAUCAUAGAAGUGACUGCCACCAGAGGCGCUGCUGCUGUGGCGCUCCCACACAUUUCUAGGUUAGAAAAUCUAAAAAAAAAAAAAAAACAGCAGAGAUGUAGUUCAAAUAUUAUUAUUGUAGUUAAAGUGAAUAAGUGGUAACAAAGGUAUAGUCGAGAAGGAGAUGAUUGCAAUUUAUUGGGCAAGUGUUAACACAGUUUUUAUCCACUCACUCACGCACGCACUCGAAAGCGAGGGCGCCCGUGUGUGUGUGUGCGCGAACGCAAAAACGAAAGAGAGCAUAGCCAACUCUUUCAAAACUGAGCGGCAACAAAGCAACCCAGAAAACGGAGAAUCAAAAUAGCGAAAUCAAGAGAUGAUGAUGAUGAAGAUGAUAAUGAUUUAGUGAAGAAGGAAAAUCGCGAAAACUAGCAAAAAUGAGAAUUUUUAAAGAUUAAGAAGAAGAAGAAAAAGAAGAAGACGCAAGUUUUUUGACAAUCGACAAAUAGGCUCUUGUAAAAUUCCUCCCUUUCACCAAUACACAGAAUGCAGAAUGCAAAAACAAAAACGACAGAAAAUCGCAUCUUUCGGACUGCUCCAUCCCUCCCUCCCUGAACAACAGCUAAACAGAAGCAACAACACUUGAAAAUAGUAGUAGAAGAAGAAGAAGAAGAUGAAACAGACAUACAGUACAGUGUCGAAUACAGGAAGUCUGAUUUUUAUAAUACGAAACGCGGACGGAAGCGUGUGAUGAUGAUUAUUUUUGAGACCAGGAAAGCACGGAAGAUUUUUUAUCAUUUUACACAUAGGCAACAUCUGAAGCAGAUACGAUAGGUAACGGUUAAACAUCAAGGUUUAAAUUUCGGCCCGGCCGAUUAACCUUAACAUUUUAGGCCAAUAAUACCCGUUUCCCAUUUUUUUUUUUUGUUUUAUGUUGAUGAAAAACGAAGGCUGUCAAAGAAGGUAGAAGAGUGAGGGUUUGGAACAACAAACGAUUGCGUGUCCCCAACAGAUCGAGCUCCACGCCGCGGCGGUUGACACAAUUGAUUUUUGAUUUGCCAAUCAACAAAUUGAAGCGCAUUGGGUGCCAUCAGGGCUAAAUUACUUCCAUCAUCGUACGCACACAAGCACCAGCACAACAGUGCAAUAAAAAUUAUUCCCCUGACGGGCGGUCAGCGAAAAAAAAACACGAAGCGAACAUUUAAAAAAAAUGGAUUAAUUAAUCUGCAUUUGUCAUAUCAGAGCCCGGCUAUCAAAUGGAGCUAACGGGAGCUGCUGACUGCUCCUUUGAACCGAUUGACGACGACGACGACGGGGCGACAAAGGGCAGUCUGGGAGCAGAGAUUGUCAUAGGGUCGAUUUUUUCCUGUGUAGGUAGGCGUUGGUUUUUUUUUUACAGCGGUUGCUUUGAUGCGUCAACCGCACCGAAUCAAGGUGGGUUCGAUUGGAGAGAUUUUUUUCGGAAAAAUAAAUUAAUUAGAGUUUAUUUAAAACUGAACUGGGAAAUUCAGAAAAUUGUAAAUCAAGGCUGCUCAUACGUGGGCUUCUUGGUUGGACGCAUUUGAAUUUUGCUUAGGCUAAUUAGAAGCCCUUAAUCUAAAUCUUACUUCCACAAAUAGAUUGGCAUUUCAUGAUAAUUUACAAAUUGCAAUGCCAAUUUUUCAAUUAAUGGGUUAUUUGGACAAUUUCAAAAGUAGCUUUGGCAUUUUCGGGGCUUCUAUCAUUUAAUUUCAGGACUAUUUUGGUGUAGUCUUGUCAUCUUGGAGUUUUUCUAGGCCAUUGUUCCUUGACUGAGCAAUUGUUGGCGUUUCAAGAUUAUAUGGCCAUCUUGAAAAUAGGCUUGAUAAUGCAGAUUUCAAAAGUGCAAACGGUGAGGUAUGGGAUUGAAAUUUUUGCUCUCAAUUAAAGCCUUCAUUAUUUGCCUUUGCUUUUUGCACUUGUACUGCCCCUCGGUAGAGUCAAAUCCAAACAAAGCAAUGAGCCAAGAUCCUUGGAGCCGUUCCAGUUGACUACCGAUAGUGGAUCAAGGAGGCAUACAACACCGGUUUGGAUGAUAUUGACACCAUAAAUGCCUUCGACGUACUCCGGUACCGGUACAACGAAGUGAGCCAAAGGUUCUUGCCAGACAAUGGGAACCCAAACCUACUGGCAAGGACCGAGCUGUCAAGUAGGAGUACACCCGAGACUGGUACCAGGUGCUGUUGCCGAAACCUGUCGUCACGAAAUGCUAAAUGUUAUUCAAUGACGAUGUUAACCGGUUGACCCGGAGAAGGAUCGAAACCUUGCCAAGAUUAACAACAAUAUAACCUAUAAAGGGUGUCAUACAUCAAAUUGCAUCACGGAAAAAACGCUGUAGAAAAUUACCUAGUUGACCAACAUCUGGCUGCAGCUUCUUUUGUUCGGAAACCCACUUUUUCUUCAUGUCUCAGAUUUGACCUCCUUGGGAUGCUUCCGUAGUGCCUGCUUCAUAAUAGCCCAGUAUUUUUCGAUGGGCCUUACUUCCGGUGCGUUGGGGGGGGGGUUCAUGUCCUUGGGUACGAAAGUGACUCCAGUAAAACAUUUGAAUAGUGGCACGAAGCUAGAUCCGACCAGAAGAUCGUAGGGCCCUCGUGUUGCUUCAACAGAGGAAGCAGACGCUUCUGUAGACACUCCUUGAGGUAGAUCUCCUCGUUUACAGUCCCGGUAGUCACAUGAGCAGAUCGCUUGCCAAAUCAUGUAUUUCUUGGCAAACUUUGAAAGUAUCUGCUUCCUUACUUCCUCCGGAACAUCAAACUUGUGCUGGGCGGUGAAGAACACUAGCCCCGGAAGCUGCCGGAAGUCCGCCUUGAUGUAAGCCGCAUCAUCCAUGAUGAGACAAUGAGGCUUCGUCAGCAUCUGGGUGUACAGUUUCCGGGCCCGUAUUUUGCCGUUCGUCACGAUUUGGAGCCUUCUGCACUUUGUACGUAUGCAGUCCCUCCCGGUCCUUGGCUCUCGGAACGAAAGACUUGGACAGAUUCAACUUUUUGGCCACAUCCCUGACCGAAGCAUUGGGAUUCCGCUUAAACGCUUUCACGACACGCUUGUGAUCCUGAUCACUAAUAGAACAUCCAUUCUGACCGCAUUUCUCCUUCCGUUCGAUGCAAAAUCAAAUCACGACUUUGCUUUUCGGAUGACGCCAUUUUUUUCAACAUUCGAAAAACUGACAGCGAUAAAAAUGCAGUGUAAACAAUAGACUCUAAACUACUUCUACCCAAAUUUUCAAGAGAACAUACCCAAUGGGUAAUGUGGAACACCCUUUAUGUACGAAUGUACGUUUUGAAGAGGCCAAGGAAGAGGCGCUUUUGGGCACUGGGUGACAUCUGUUGUUAGUACCGUCGAGUGAGGAUCCCAUGGCAGCAAACAUACUCUUGCGUACACCGCUUCCGGAAUGCCUGAUUGGAGAUUGGAAGAAACGCUACACGAGAAUCGUGUUGGCCACCAAUCCAUGCCGGCUGCAAUACUGCACCCAAAGUAGUUUGCCGGGCUGGAGGAUUAUUUCUCACGCACUCUCAUCAGCCAAGGAACACUAGUAGCGCUCCAUGAGAUGGCUUUUCCCGUCCACUGGAGCUACGAUGCGACCAUGUUUCUGUAUCCACUGCCAUCGGUCCAAGAGUUCAAAAACAGUGAUCUUCAAAAAAUACCGUUCUGAAUGGUCUGAAACACGAGAUGAUCAUAUAGCUGAAAUAAGUAGGAGUAGGUAAUCGUUUAUCUGUGAUUCGACAGAGGGUUAAAAAGUCAAUAGACGUAUUAUAUUAAAGAUUCCAAAUUUUUAAAAAUAUUUGAUGAAAGUAGUUCAAUUCAUUGGAAAAAUAUAAGCGUCUUAACACUUCUUUCGCACACUAAUGCACCAUUUAAAUUGAAGGGCCGCGACCAAGAGGGGAACAGAUUAGUGGGAAAACAAAUCACCCAUUCAGAGGAAACAUGUCAGAAGGGUAUAACUCGAAAUGUAAACAAUGACUUUGAGCGUCAAUUUCUCUUGAAUGACCACACACCCACAGGAAUUUGACUACACCAUCUCAUAAAACAAACAUUGUUCUGACAGAUGAUUUAGUUAGUUUGAGUGGGUCUGUUGUCAUUCAUAAGAAACCGACGAUCCAAGUCAUUGUUUACGUUUCGAGUUAGACCCUUCUGACAUGUUUCCCCUGCAUUCAUCCCUGUGAGCUAGAUAGAGAAAGGCGAUUAAACGUCAAAAAGGUCUACCACCUUACAGUGACAAAUUUUGGAAUCGACCUCACUAAGCCUUUUUUUUCAAGAUGUUCGCUUUUGGAGGCCUAUUGGCAUUGACGGUGACUCUGUAGCUCUUUACUUCUAUGGCAAAAUCCAUAGGUAAACGUCAGACUGUUCGUGAAAAAUGACGGACUACGUACUAUCCUUUCACUCCGUCGAAAAAUUCCCACAAGAAACUGUCAAUCUUUGCUAGAAGAGACGAUUAUUCGACGGUGCCGUCAAAGCCAAUAAGAGUUGACACGCCGUUUGAACGAUUCCAAGGCCAUUUUGGCGUUGUGCAAUCGGUGAAGAGUAUAAGAGCCAACUAUGCCUUCUCUUUCUAAGAAAACGAGGUGCAACGGAAUCAUGUUUGCGUCGAUUCAACUGUCAGCUUCAACUUUACACGUUGUGAAUAGUCUCGCUAUAUCAAACUUACUUAACGUGAAAGACUUCCAUCCUGGGCGGCUGCUCGCUUUUUUCUUGACCCAGGCCCAGGUCAGAUUCCUCUCGACUUGCUUUAUUUCCUUGUUGAGGCUCCGCCGCCAUGAGCUCCUGGGUUUGCCUGUGCUGCGAUGUCCUGCCGGAUUCCAAUUCAGCGCUUGCUUGAAGAUUUCGUUUCCGUCCCGUCGAAUUUCUGUUGCCAUCGGCUUUUGAUGACAUCGACCAUGGAGCUCGGCACUCGAGAUCCAGUUGAGAGGCCACCAGGCACGAAUUAUAUACCGCAGGCAUCGGUUGAUGAAGACCUGCAGCUUCUGUACGUUCUCCGCUGACACCCAGAUUUCACGUUCGAGUUGAAAGUUCGGAUUUUGGUGCGUUGACUUAUCUGGUUUGAUCUCCAUACGUUUUAUGAACUCGCAAAGCGCCGUCCGACGCUAUUUGACUGCCAAGAUAUUGGAAACUUUCGACCUUCUCCACUGCUUGCCGUAAAGUUGGAAGGGUUGCCCGUGUUGACAUCCAACGAUUUGGUGCAAAUCGAAGUCGUUGAGAUGCUCCAUGGUGAUAGGAUUGUUUCAAUUGACGCAAUGAAUGAUUCGAAAACUGCUUCCUUCGUUUUUUUCCACUUUCACUUCAAUGCGGGCUCAUUUGACUUGUCACGCAUCGCGUCGUCGAGCAUGCAAAUAUAGUAUCCGCACAAUAUCGGUUGCCGAUAGGGAUGGCAUCCGGAUUAUAUGUAUUAUGGAGUCCAAAAUGGCGGCCAUCGGGGUCGAAAAGUC